GAAGGGCCGUGUGAGCAGCUGCACGAUGGUGUCUGUGAAGUGGGUUUCCUCAAUCCUGCUGCUGCAACUCUGCUGUGCUGGCUGUGGCUUCUGUGGGAAGGUGCUGGUGUGGCCUUGUGACAUGAGCCACUGGCUUAAUAUCAAGGUCAUUCUAGAGGAACUCGCAGAGCGGGGCCAUGAGGUAACAGUGCUCACUCAUCCCCAUACUCUUCUCAUUGAUCACUGGAAGCCUUCUGCGCUGAAGUUUGAGAUGGUUGAUAUGCCAUUUGACAAAGAGAAUGCUGAGAAGAAAAAUGCAGAAUUUCAGAACCUAGCUCUUAAUGUCUCACCACUGCUGUCACCCUGGAAAUCAGUAAUAAAACUGAGAGACUUCUUUAGCAGACUGAAUGAAGAUUUUAAACUUUUCUGUGAGAGUAUCGUCUACAACCAGACACUCAUGAAGAAGCUGCAGGAAACCAACUAUGAUGUAAUGCUUAUCGACCCUGUGACACCCUGUGGAGAGCUGGUGGCUGAGUUGCUUGCAGUCCCCUUUGUAAUCACUCUUAGGGUUUCCAUAGGAGGCAAUAUGGAGAGAAACUGUGGGAAACUUCCAUCUCCACCUUCGUAUGUCCCUGUGACUAUGGUGGGGCUAACAGACAGGAUGACUUUUCUGGAAAGAGUGAAAAAUGCAAUACUUUUGGUUGUCUUUAACUUCUGGAUUCAAGACGGUGACUUUCACUUUUGGAGACAGUUUUAUAGUGAAGCAUUAGGAAGACCCACCACAUUAUGUGAAACUCUGGCAAAAGCUGAAAUUUGGUUAAUCAGAACAUACUGGGAUUUUGAAUUUCCUCGUCCAUACUUGCCUAAUAUUGAAUUUGUUGGAGGACUGCAUUGCAAACCCGCCAAACCUUUGCCCAAGGAAAUGGAAGAGUUUGUCCAGAGCUCAGGUGAAGAUGGCGUCGUGGUGUUUUCUCUGGGUUCUGUAGUUGAUAAUUUACCUGAAGAAAAGGCUGACCUCAUUGCUUCUGCCCUGGCUCAGAUUCCACAGAAGGUUUUAUGGAAAUUCAAAGGAAAGAAACCAGCUACAUUAGGUGCAAAUACUCGAGUCUAUGAUUGGAUGCCCCAGAAUGAUCUUCUUGGUCAUCCCAAAACCAAAGCUUUCAUCACUCAUGGUGGAAUUAAUGGGAUCUAUGAAGCAAUUUACCAUGGGGUCCCCAUGGUAGGAGUUCCCUUGUUUGGUGAUCAGCCUGACAACAUUGCUCACAUGAGAGCCAAAGGAGCAGCUGUAGAGUUGAGCCUGCACACAAUGACAAGUGCAGACUUGCUCAGUGCCUUGAAGACAGUGAUCAACGACCCAUCCUAUAAAGAGAAUGCCAUGAAGUUAUCGAGGAUUCACCAUGAUCAGCCCAUGAAGCCCCUGGAUCGAGCAGUCUUCUGGAUCGAGUAUGUCAUGCGCCACAAGGGAGCCAAGCACCUUCGGCCAGCAGUCCAUGACCUCAGCUGGUUCCAGGCCCACUCUUUGGAUGUGAUCGGGUUCCUGCUGGCUUGUGUGGCAGCUGUUAUAAUCUUUGUCACAAAAUGCUUGUUGUUUUGCUGCCAACAGUUUGGAAAGACAGGAAAAAAGAAAAAGAAGGAAUAGACCCCUUCAAGUUUGGGCAAAGUGCUGAAUAGGACAAACUUGUUCAUUCCUGGGUACAGGGAGAACACAUCUGCUUUCUGUUUUCAUAGUCCUCAUUCCUCAAUCUUUCCCUAGAAUUUAACGAAUCAUUAAGUAAUGAGUGUGUCUCAUUUUCAUCUCGCCUUCCCAGUUAUUUUUCCCUCCUGUUUUCACUUUACUGACAACAGAGGUACUAACAACUGAAGUGAGACUUAUAAGAAUGCUUUUCUUUCACAUUAAGUCCUUCUCACCACCAUCAAUUUAUCAAUUUUAUCGCCAUAGCCCUGUAUUGUAUAUAAAAAUAGUAGCCAUGCUGAUAUCUUCUUGCCAGUCCAUCCAAGUUGCUGCAAUUAAUGGGAUUUUGUUAUUUUUACAGAUGAAUAAGAUUACUAUAUAUGUGUAUAUAUAAAAUCAUAUUUUCUUAAUCUAUUUAUAUUUUGUUGGGCACCUUAGUGAGUCCAUAUUUUGACCAUUGUUAAUUGUGAUGCUAUACAUAAAAGAGAACAAUUUCAAAUUAACAUCCAAAUUAUGCACCUUCAGCAUCCAGAGGAACAAAAAGAAAUAAAACCCCAAAUUAUUAUAAGGAACCAGUAAUAAAGAUUAUAAUAUAAACAAAGACAAAAAUCAGUGAAAUAGAGUUGGUUUUGUGAGAAGAUGAACAAACACAAAAACAUGAGGUAAAAUAAAAAAGGAAAAAUAUUAUGUGAACCGAUAAAGUUAGAGAUAAAAUAGUGGCAUUGCAAUUAGCACAGAAAUACAGAGUGUCAUAAGAAACUGAUAUGAACAAUUAUACACAAAGAAAUUGGACAACUUCAAAACAAUUGACAAGUCCCUAGGCACAGAUAAUCUACCUAUAUCAAGUCAAGAAAAAAUAGAAACAUCCAAAGGGACCAAUAAUGACAAAUGAGAUUGAAGCAGGAAGUGCAGGUCUUCAAACAAAAAAGAUCCAGAACCGAUGACUUAAUCGCUGAAAUCACUUAAAGGGUAACCAAUUCCAAUUAUUCUUGUUAUUCCAACAAAAUAAAAAAGAAUAGACAUUUGACAAAUAUAAUCAGGAGGGCACUAUUACUCAGAUACCAAAGCCAGACAAAAACAGAGAAAAUGUAAACUAAGGACCAAUAAUCCUGACAAAAUUUGUUUUUAUAUUCAAAUAGUUAUUUCAGUGUUAUAUCAUUUCUUUAUAGAUUUAGUGGGUAGCCAAUUAGUGCAACAAUUUUCUACACAAAAAAUUAAAUACAUACAGCUAAUUGUAAAGAAACUUUAAAAAAUACGACGGAACAAAUGGAAAAAUGAUGAACUGAAAGAAAUGUAAAAUAUUUGAAUAAUAUAUGUAAAAUUUCUAAAAUAUAUUUUUGUGAGUGAUAUAAUUUGUUAUUAUUAUAAUUCCUUUAAAUUUUUUAUGAGAUAUAAUUUAUAUCCCAUAAAACUCACCUAAAUGUAAUCUAAUGUAUUUAGCAUGUUUACAGUACUAUGACUUUGUCAUGAUAGCCUAAUUUUAGGAUAUUUUUUUUUUUUUUGACAGGCAGAGUGGACAGUGAGAGAGAGACAGAGAGAAAGGUCUUCCUUUUGCCGUUGGUUCACCCUCCAAUGGCCGCCGCGGUAGCGCACUGCGGCCGGCGCACUGCGCUGAUCUGGUGGCAGGAGCCAGGUGCUUCUCCUGGUUUCCCAUGGGGUGCAGGGCCCAAGCACUUGGGCCAUCCUCCACUGCACUCCCUGGCCACAGCAGAGAGCUGGCCUGGAAGAGGGGCAACCGGGACAGGAUCGGUGCCCCGACCGGGACUAGAACCCGGUGUGCCGGCGCCGCAAGGCGGAGGAUUAGCCUGUUGAGCCACGGCGCCGGCCUAAUUUUAGGAUAUUUUCAUCAUCCAAAAAUGAAAUGUCAUACCCCUUGGAAGUCACUCCCUAUGCUCCCUGCAGAAACUACUAGUAUAUACAUAUAUGCUUGUUCUAGAAAUUUAUGUAAAUGGAAUUGCACAUUAUAUUGCUUUUUAAAAAAGAUUUAUUCUACUUAUUUGAAAGACAUAGUUACAGAGAGAGGUAGAGAUAGAGGUCUUCUGUUUGCUGGUUCACUCUCCAAAUGGCCACAAUGGCUAGAGCUGUGCCAAUCUGAAGCCUGGAGCCAGAGAAUUCUUCUGGGUCUCUCACAUGGGUGCAGGUGCCCAAGGACUUGGGCCACCCUCUGUUGCUUUCCAAGAUGCAUUAGCAGGGAGCUGGAUUGGAAGUGGAGCAGACGGGGCAUGAACUGGCGCCCAUGUGGGAUGAUGGCACUGCAGAUCAUGGCUUUAACCCACUGUGCCACAGUGCCAGCCUCUAUGUUGUCUUUAACAACUGGUUUGUCUAAGCACAAUAUUUUUUGAGUGCCUUCCACAUUGUAUUAUAUAUGCAUACUACUUUUCAUUCAUUUUUAAUUUUGGAUAACAUGCUAUGUUAUGAAUACACUAUAUUUCAGUAAUUCUUUAAUCAGCUAAUGAGCAUUUUGCUUUACUACCCAUUCUUGCUAUGAUGAGGUAUGAUGUCCCAAAGAUUGAUAUACACACUAGUGCAUGAAUAUGUUUUUAUUUGUUUUGGGGAUGAUAUUAAAGAAUCAUAGAGCAAAUUCCUGUAUAUAAGGAACUGCCAAACUGUUUUUCAAUGUCCUUGCACAUUUAUAAUCACUUUUACAUUCACACUGGCAAUAGUUGAUGGUUUUAAGUUGUCUGAUUGCCAACAUUUGCAAUCGUUUGUUACAGGGUGUGAAAUGGUACCUAAUUGUAGUCUCAGUUUGCAUUUCUCUUAAUGCUAAAUUGUUGAGCUUCUUUCAUCUACUUGUUAGUCAACUGUAUAUAUUUUUCAACGAAAUGUCUAUUCAAAAUCCUUAUCAUUUUUAGUUGGUUCUCUGACUUUUCAUCAUUGAGUUGUAAGAAUUACAGGAAUACUUUUUAUACUGUGAACUUGUAUCCUCAGGAUAAUGGCUUGCAAAUGUAUCCCUAAAUUGUGCGUGUGUAUGUGUGUUUUAAAUCACUUGCUGUUGUCUUUUGAAGCACAAAAGCUUCGAUUUUGAGAAAAGAAAUAUUAAAUAUAAAGGUUUAUUUAGGGUUGGAGCUGUGGUAUAGCAAGUAAAUCCACGGCCUGCAUCCCAUUUGGGCACCAGUUUAAAUCCUAGCUGCUCCAUUUCUAAUUUACCUUUCUGCCAUGGCCUGGGACAGCAGUAGAUGUUGGCCCAAGUCCGUGGGUCCCUGCACCUACAUAGGAGACCCAGAAGAAGCUCCUGGCUCCUGGCUUUGGAUCGACCCCUCUCUGGCUGUUGCAGCCAUUUGAGGAGUGAACCAACAGAUGGAAAACUUCUCUUUCUCUCCCUCUGUCUCUGCCUCUCUGUAACUCUGUCAUUCAAAUAAAUAAAUAAACCUUUAGAAAAAAUAUUUAUUUAGUUAUUAUUUGAAAGGCAGCAUUAUAAAAAUAGAGGGAGAGAAAGACACACACACGAGAGAAACAGAGAGAGAGAGAGAGAGAACACAAGGAUAGCUGGGUCUUGCUGAAGUCAAGAGCCAGGAACUCAAUCUGAGUGGCAGGGGCCCCAUGUGCUUGGGCCAUCUUCUGCUGCUUUCCCACAUGCAUUAGCAGGGAACUGGAUAAGAAGAGGAGCAACCAGGACUCAAAUCAGGACUCAAUAGGUUGAGGCAUCGCAAGUGAAAACUUAAUGUGUUGCAUCACACUUGCUCCAUGUUUCCAUAUUCUAAAAGAAGUAGUGUUAAAAAAUAUGUAUUGCUUACUACAACUGCCAUCACUUGAGCAUCUUACCACUAUCAUUAUUUUCAUAUAGACAGAACAACACAUAGAGAACAUUUUUAAAUGUAUUAUGUAUAAUAAACUAUGUGAAAAUUAAAUGAAAAUGGUGUUUUAGAAAAAGUCAGUAAAGAAUGGAGAAAGAAACACAAUAGGUUGGCAAAAUGAAAAUAAAGUACAGGACAAAAGUAAAACAAGCCAACUGAGAUUAUAUGAAACACAGAAGCUUCUCUACAAUAAAGAAAAUAACCAAAGAGAGAAGGAACGAGCAAGAGAAAUGGAGAAAAUACUUGCAAGCUACUUAUCUGACAAAAGAUGAAUAUCCAGAAUAUAGGAGGAACUCAAAAAUCUGAACAACCAAAAAACAACAAAUCCAGCUAUGAAAUGAAGAAAGAGCAUGGAUAAACCAUUUAAGAAAUACAUGAAUACAUGCUAAAUAUUACUAGACAUCAGACAAAAACCAGGUCCAAACCACAAUGAGACAUCAUAUCCCCCCUGUCCAAAUGGCUAGUACCAGAAAGACAGAGUUACAAAUACUGGCAAGGAUCUGGAGAACGGGGAAGUCAUACCCUGUUGGGGUAAAUGUAAAUUUGUAUAGCUACUAAAAUAAACAGUAUAGAGAUAUCUCUACAAACUAGAAAUAGAAUUGCCAUAUGACCCAACAAUCCCAGUACAUGAAAUCCUUGUAUCCAAGAGAUAACGGGAUCUUUAUAGAAGCCUGGUAGACAAAAGCCAAGAUAUGGAAUCAACCAAGUUGCACCUUAUCAGAUGAAUGGAUAAGUAAAAUGCAGCAAAUACACACAAGGAAAUAUUUUUCAUCUUAAAAAGAAUGAAAUUCUGUCAUCUUCAACAAAAUGAAAAGAAGUAGAGGAAUUAGAGGAGAUAAUUUUAAGAGAAAGAAGAGGAAAAAGCAAAUACCACAUGUUCUCCCUCAAAUAUGGAAACUAAGGGGAAAAAACUCUCCAUAUGAACAUAUGAACAUACAGUGGUGAUUUCCAGGGCUGGGAGGAUUGGAAGAGCUAGAAGUUUUUUGGAUUAAAACAAUAGAGGAAAUUGGGGGUAAUUUGUGGUUUGUAACAAAAAUAGUAACACAAGAGAUUAAUGAUAGGGAAAGCUGGGUGUGAAGUAAAUGGAAAGUCUUUGUAUAGUUCUAUAAUUUUCCUUUUGUAAAUUUAAAAGUUCUGAAAUAUAAAGAAAUUUAAAAAGACUAACAAAAAGUUCAAAGGUUGUAGAUGUAAAUAUAUCUGAAUUUAACAUUAAUAGAAAAUAAAGUAGACUCAAAUCAAAUUUAAAAUCUAAAAGGAUGUCUUUGGUAAAUAAAAUCUCAUACAUGAAAACUU